AUGAUAUCGGAUACUGAGAAAUUUGCAAUCCUGUACUUCCUGCAUUCAUUUGUCUUAUCUAAUGUUGAAACUGUGGUAAUACCCCGUCUUCAUUUCGAUUUGGUUGAUAGUGGAAGAUAUAAGGAUUUUCCAUGGGGUUCUUUAUCUUUUGAAGAUUUGGCCAGAAGUUUGAACAAUCGGUUGAAAGCUGGUGGUCAAUUUUAUUUGAUUCAGGGAAUGCCACUAGCUAUUCAAACGAUUGCACCUCGUCUACGCUUUGAGUUUUUAAUGAAUGCUAUGUUUAAUGGCGAUGGCAAGGAUCCACCACCAAGAAAGAGCAACGAACAUUCAAAGAAGAAACAGAAGGUUGAUUCCUCAACACCAGUAGUGAAGAAAUCUUUAAGGGAAAAGCAAGUAGAUAGUUUUGAAGAGCAUACCCAAACGAGGACAUCAACUCCUCGUGCUGCAAAGGCUGAUGGAAUGAAGACACCAAUUUUCAAGUCAAUUCCAACACGUCAGGUACACUCAAAGCCAUAUAUUCAUGUAGAGGAAGUAACUGUGUCAAAGCCUGAGAGUCAUGUUGACAAACAAGCCUUUAUUUCUAAGAAAGAUUUUGAUGCAUUUCGCGCUGAGGUUCGUCGGGAAUUUAAAGAAAUUCGUGGUCUAAUGAGAAAAAAAUUCAAAAAGUUGAAGAAAGCAUUUGCUCAAAGCAAGGAGCAGGUUGAAGAUAUUGAAGCUAAUAAAGCAACAAAUAUUGAUGAGGGAGAGUUAGAGCAAUCUGGACAACAUUUCAGUCCUGAUGUUGUUCAAUCUCCGGAUAAUAUUUUUGACGGUACAAAGCAACAACAUGCAGAUAAAGAUCCUGAACAUCAGAAUAUGGAUUACGUUGGUAUCGAAAAAUCACCACAACGAUUAAGUUUGGAGGUUGAUCAGGAAUUGGAGGCAAAUUUGCUUGGGUGCACUGUUUUGCAUUCUGAAAAAAUGAAUGUUGAAAUUGAUUCUCAACAAUUAAUUCCUGAUGAGCUUCUCCAAAGUAUAAAUUUGGAUUACUUACAUUCUGAGAAGGUUGUUCAACAUGAUUGUCAAACCAGCGAUGAGAAAAUUGAUGAAACAAUUUUGUCUGAUUCGCAAUUCACAAUCCUUGAUGAGAUGUUACCUAGCCUAAAUGUGUAUCAAAUACAAAGCAUCAUCAUACAUCCAUUGGCAAACCGUCUAGAAGAAUCUCAUCAUGAAAUUUUGGAUGCAAAUAUCAACAGAGGAAUCACUGAUUUAGAGGUAGAACUUGAUACCACGGAGCAAGUUAGAACACCUGUUAAUACACAAGAAGUAACCAAUGAUGAACAGAGGGAUGAAAAAUUGUGGCGUGAUUCACAAAAUACAAUCCCACCAAAGUUAAGGAUUAGACGACCAUCACCAUACACCGAAAAAUUUGGUUCAGCUUCUGGGAGCUCAGCAGGGGUAAUACGCAUAUUCCCCCAGAAACAUCUAUUUUUAUAUCACCUGAUUGAUGGGAUAAAAGAUAGAAAGAUUGUGAAGAACUUCACAGACUGGAUUUCUGCGGACCUCUUAAAAGCUACUGCUAAGAGGAAAGGAAAAGUGAAUCAUUACAAGAGGGGAAAAUUAGAAAUUUCAAAGAUGCAUUUUGGUGUUGAGGCUGUGAAAGACAAAAACUGA